AUGGAUAUUGUAACAGUAUACAAAAAGCUGAGGAAACAAUUUGGUAGAUAUAGUGGUCAUUUUGUGGAUACUGAACCCGAAAUGAUCGUUGAUAUCAAACCAAGUGAGGAAUUUAAGCAAAAAUAUAUUAAUAGGGAACCCAGAAGUGUAGGAGCUCAAGCUGUUGCCGAAUUUUCUGAACACUUUACUAAUACGGAGACCCAUGAAACAAAAGAACAAGGAAUGAUGCACAAUGAAGGAGGUUGGCCAAAGGAUGUCGAUACAUCAAAAUUAUCAAGCAAGGAAAGAUACAUCAAGAAAAUUGAAAAUAAUAUUGAAGAUUUGAAUUCGUUCAUCUCUUUAAGAGAUAACGCUGAAUAUUACAUUCAACAAAAUAAUGCGAUCAAUAUAUUUGGUAGCUACUUUAAGGAAACUGUACAAGACUUUGGAAGUGAAAGAUCUAUGGUUAAAACUGUGUCGGUGUUCAAAGAUCCUUGCCAAGAUAAGAGAACAGCAACCAAAAUCUCUUGGCUUCCUAGUGAUGGUUCAAAGCUGGCAGUAGCUUAUGCCAACCUAGAUUUUCAAAGUUCAACAAAGAAAAUACCGACAAAUGCAUACGUUUGGGAUGUGAAUAAUGCCAAUGAACCAGACGUGACUUUACUUCCAUCAUCUCAUUUAACAUCUAUCAGAUAUAACCCUAAGGAAAACUCUACAGUGGCAGGAGGUUGCUACAAUGGUGUUGUUUGUAUAUUUGACACAAGAAAAGGAGGUGAGGAAGUUCUCAUUUCCGACCUUAAAACAAGUCACAGAGAUCCAAUUUAUGAUAUUCAAUGGCUUCAAAGUAAGAGUGCAACAUUCUUUAUUUCAACUUCAACUGAUGGUCAAGUACUAACUUGGGAUACAAGAAACCUUUCAAAUCCAGUCGAUUCUGAAACUCUUGAGCUUAGAAUUCCUGAUGAUAAAAAUGGUGAAUGCAAACUCCAAGGUUUAUUGGGAGGUGAAUCUAUUGAUUACGAUGUUUCUUACAGUCCAACCAAAUUUAUGAUUGGUACUGAACAAGGUGCUGUUUUGAGUUGUACGAGAAGAAAGAAUAAGGGUACGGCCAUUGAUAAAGUUUACUAUGGACAUCAUCAUCACCAUGGUCCAAUUUAUUCAAUUCAAAGAAAUCCAUUCCUUCAAAAAUACUUUAUGACUGUUGGUGAUUGGACACACUUGAUCAAACCAUUGUUGUCUCUAAGAUUGUCAGAUCAAGGACUUCACACUUUGAGUGUUUAUGGAAAAUAUAUUGCUGUUGGUGGAAGAGAUGGUUCAACUAGGCUUUUGGAAGUGAGUGAAGGAUUGAGAGGAGAAGAAAAACAACAAGUUUUGGAAGAAAAGGAAUUUAUUAACAAUAUGUUGGAAAGAGAAACUAAGAGAGAACGAGCACUUAUUGAUAAUAGAAAAGAAUCUGAACAAGCACAAAGAAGAAUUGAAGCAAAGAAGAAACAAAGAGAGCAAUCAUCAAAAACUUUCACACUGGUAAUUAACGAAAGUGAAUUGCAAGAAGAUGAGGACAUGUUUUUACAGGCCAUUAAGAAAAAGUAA